CAGACGGAGGCAGUGCAGCGGGCCGCGGAGUGCCCCCCGCUGCCGCCCGUGCCGGUGCUGAGCCAGGAAGGCUUCCUGUCGUUGUGCCGCAUGCCGCCGCUCCAGGGCCCAAAGGUGCGGCUGCACAAGCCCGCCUUCACCCCGCUGCUGCCCAGCGAGCUGCCGCAGCCGGGGUCGCUGUUUGCGCUGGACGCAGAGUUUGUGGCCUUCUCGCCGCCCGAAAAGGCGCUGCAGAGGGGGGUGGAGGUGGAGGUGCGGCCGUCGCGGCUGGGCCUGGCGCGGGUGAGCGUGCUGCGGGGGCAGGGCGCCGCCAAGGGCGCCUGCUGCAUUGACGACUACAUCAAGUGCGCGGAGCCUGUGUACGACUACCUCACCAAGUUCAGCGGCCUGGUGCCUGGCGACCUGGACCCGGCCCGCUCCCCGCACCACCUCACCACCCUCAAGCACGCCUACCUCAAGCUGCGCCACCUGGUGGACUGCGGCGCGGUGUUUGUGGGGCACGGCCUGAAGAAGGACUUCCGCAUGAUCAACAUUGUGGUGCCGCCCAGCCAGAUCGUGGACACCGUGGAUCUGUUCCACGCCAAGCGCUCCCGCAAGCUGUCGCUGCGCUUCCUGGCCUCCUACCUGCUGCGCUGCUCCAUCCAGGAGCACACCCACGACUCGAUCGAGGAUGCGGCCACCGCGCUCAAGCUGUACGAUGUGUACCAGCAGCUGGUGAGGGAGGGCGCCUUUGAGGCCAAGCUGCGGGAGAUGUACGACUGGGGCAAGCGCUUUGGCUGGGAGCCCGUUGUCUGGAAGGACGGGCAGCCACACCCGGCGCCGCAACCCGCGCCGGCGGCCGUGGCGGCUGCCUACGCCUCCGGGGCUGCCGCCGCUGCGGGCGGCCUGGCUCACCAGAUGCAUGGAGCCCGCCCCGGGCACCUGCACCACCAGCACCAGCACCAGCAGCACCGCGGCAUGCAUGGCAUGGGCGGCCUGCGUGGCCAGGGCAAGCGCUGAUGUGGCGGCGCUCCGCCAUGCUGCCUGGCGAUGUGUUUGACUGACCGGCAGAGGGCCGCCUCUGCAUCUUUACAGACCCUGCUGACAGCACUGCCCCUUUUCCAGCCACCUCCACAGUUUUGACCACGCCGCCCUGUACUCCUUCCAACAGUAUAUGUACUCAGCCGCAGAACUUUGAUUCAUUUCUUUUCUGCUGUCCUGGCAGUCACAGAAUGUAACCUUCAGCCUAUUCAGCAAAAA